UCCAUCACCAAGUAAGUGUUGGACGACCGACCCCUCCCUCAAGGCGGUCUACAAACACACAACACACUCAACACAACACAAAACACAACGGAAUGUCGACGGUAUUACCCCCGCCGUCGAAGCGCCAAAAGCGCGAGACCCUCGCCAAGACCCAGACGCAACAAGAUGUUACCGCCGUUGCGCCUGGUCUCGAGGGCUCGUUCAAGGCCCGCUUCGUCGACGGCGAAGGACAGCAGCUGGCCGAGGUGAUCGAAGUGCCCCUCGCCGACGCCUCUGAGAAGAACCUCACGCUGCUCCUUAACACCCUGCAGGGCAAGGACAGGGAAGAGUUCCUCCCGUACAAGUUCCGAAUCCACAUCCCCGACACGGACAUCAUUGUCGACCAAUACCCCACGAAUCUCCUCGAGCUCCUCCGCAGCCAUGGCGUCGCGAACCCCUUCGAGACGACCGUCACCCUCAGCGCCGAGCCCCAGGCCGUGUUCAAGGUGCAGGCCGUCACGCGCAUGGCCCACCGCAUCCCUGGCCACGGCGAGGCCAUCCUGUCGGCCCAGUUCUCCCCCGAGACGAGCAAGAGGUUAGCGACGGGCGGCGGUGACAAGACGGCCAGGAUAUGGGACACGGAGACGGGCACGCCCAAGUUCACCCUCGCCGGCCACGCCGGCUGGGUCCUCUGCGUCGCCUGGUCGGCCGACGGCCGCCGUCUGGCCACGGGGAGCAUGGACAAGACGGUGCGCCUCUGGGACCCGGACAAAGGCGUCGCCGUCGGCCAGCCCCUGACGGGCCACGCCAAAUGGGUCACCAACAUCGCCUGGGAGCCCUACCAUCUCUGGCGCGACGGCACGCCGCGCCUCGCCAGCGCCAGCAAGGACGCCACGGUGCGCAUUUGGGUCGUUAACACGGGCAGGACAGAGCACGUCCUCUCGGGCCACAAGAGCAGCGUCAGCUGCGUGAAAUGGGGCGGCACCGGCCUCGUCUACACGGCCAGCCACGACAAGACGGUCAAGGUCUGGGAUGCCGUCAAGGGCACCCUCGUGCACACCCUGUCGUCGCACGCCCACUGGGUCAACCACCUCGCGCUGUCGACCGAGUUCGCCCUCCGGACGGGCUUCUUCGACCACACGCCCACCCCGGACACGGAGGAGGCGCGGCGCACCAAGGCCAAGGAGCGCUUCGAGAAGGCCGCCAAGCUUCAGGGCAAGGUCGCGGAGCGCCUCGUGUCGGCCAGCGACGACUUCACAAUGUACCUCUGGGACCCGUCGCAGGGCACCAAGCCCGUGGCGCGGAUGCUGGGCCACCAGAAACAGGUGAACCACGUCACCUUCUCGCCCGACGGCACUCUCAUCGCCAGUGCCGGGUGGGACAACCACACUAAGAUCUGGAGCGCGCGCGACGGCAAGUUCAUCAACACACUGCGCGGGCACGUCGCGCCCGUGUACCAGUGCGCCUUCUCGGCCGACUCGCGGCUUCUCGUGACGGCGUCCAAGGACACGACGCUCAAGGUGUGGUCCAUGGCGACGUGCAAGCUGCAGGUCGACCUCCCGGGCCACCAGGACGAGGUGUACGCCGUCGACUGGAGCCCGAGGGACGGCCAGCGCGUGGGAAGCGGCGGCAAGGACAAGGCCGUCCGCUUGUGGUGUCACUGAGGGCGGCGGGCGCGUGUAGCGGUGCGGUCAUGAUGGGUUUUCGGCAUCUAGAGUACGGAUACAUAAAAAGAGAAUAUACCCCCCCGUUUCCUCCCAAGAUUAAAGGCAGCAUAGUCCGGGGCGGCUCCAUAUGAUGUCUAUGGCGUGUUUAUGUCUGGAAAUCGACGGUCGGUCUUGUACAAAACCCGCUGCAUAAGAGAGAGAGUUAUCACUUGCUUAAUCUCGCAUGCGCCCAGAGCACGCCUGUAACAAGAGGUGACCAACCGUCGUCGGCCCGGCAGAGACCGGACCGGCCUUUGACUUCGGCCCCACCCCGGACCAAUGGUGGCGUUUGUGCAUCAAGGGCCCCGCGGCAUGGACAUGUGAUGUGGUAAGAGACAGCUGGCAUGUGUAUCCGGUGUUUUGCACUCCAGACUAUGCCGUAGUGGCCCCGAACUCCAUGCAGUGAUGAUCCCCUUGGAAUUGGCACAUCUGGUAAACGCACGUCAUUGCCUCCAUGCUGCCGUCAUCGUCGGAAUGAGCCAUCGGUGGACAGUCGUGACAGUCUUGCAAUGCCGCGGAUGGGAGAGCACCGGGACGUAACCAGGCCCGAGCCGGCAGUAACAUGUAUCUCUGACCGUCUGACAGAAGUCGUCGACGACUUGCAGCGCAAGGGCAAGCCAUGCUCUCACUUUCCCUCUGACACAUAUUCCCAGCCGCAUCGUCGACGAGAUCAUGGGUGGGGCUAAGAAACACAAGAGCACUGUCGUGCUCAUCGGCCCCGGGGGCCAACGAAUCAGGAAGCAUGCUCUCCGCCGGGCCAGAGAGGCUGAGAAGGGCGUCGGUUGAAGGGGAGGUGGAGGGGAGGCAGCCCUGCACGGCUUUCUGCAACGGAUUCUUGGCGCGAAGUCCGUCGAACCCGAACAAUUCCACCAAGCAAGUCCCCUCCCCCGUCAAUUUCCCCCCACAACUCACAUUCCCUCCGGCGUCUUUCCGC